AUGCAUCAAAUCUUCUUUCAUGGUAGACGUAUAGGUGUGCGCGUUCGCAAUUUUUUAUCAUCCAUCAUCUAUAAACAUUUAUUGACGAUCAAUACAGCAUCACUACACAAUAUUACUGCUGCUCAAACAAUCAAUUUAAUAGCAAAUGAUGCAAGUAAAUUUGAAGAUUUGGGUUUGUACUUCUAUUAUUUUUGGGUGACACCUGUUGAAGCACUUGUGAUGUUUGGUCUUAUUUGGUGGAUCAUUGGUUUGCCGACAUUGUUUGGUUAUGCUCUACUCAUACUAUAUGUACCAAUACAACUCGUAUUCAGUAAAUUAUUCGGUCAAUAUCGAGCGGCAACAAUGACAUAUACGGACAAGCGUAUUCAAGCGGUUCAUGAAAUUGUUAAUGGAUGUCAAAUUAUUAAAAUGUACAAUUGGGAAAAAGCAAUGGAGCGACGAGUACGUGAAGCACGACAUUCUGAAUUUUCAAACAUUUUCAAAUCGAGUUGUUUACGAGCUCUCAAUAUUGGUCUCAAUUUCGCAUCAUUACCUUUAAUUUCUCUAGCUACAUUCGGUGGUAGUUGGCUUAUGGGUCGACAGUUGAUAUCAGAAGAUAUUUUUACGGCGAUGUCCUUCUUUGCUUUGAUUCGAAUGCCAAUAACCGCACAUUUCCCAUAUGCUAUUGAAAAGCUCAGUGAGGCUCGUAUUUCUGCAAAAAGAAUUGAUCAGUUUCUGCAAUUGGAAACGUUGGUGGACAAGCGAGACAAAGAACAAAACGAAAAGGGAGAUGAUGCAAUCAUUAUGGAAAAUGCAUCAUUUUCAUGGAAAGAUUCUUCUUGCUUGUCUAAUCUCAAUGGCACCAUCAAAGUUGGCACGCUAGUUGGAAUUAAAGGUGCUACUGGUGCCGGCAAAUCAUCUUUACUAGCUGCCAUUCUUGGUGAAAUGAAUCUUAUCAGUGGAAAACUAAGACAAUAUGUCAAUUCUAUUUCGUACGCUCCACAAUCGGCAUGGAUAUUUGCGGAUACUAUUCGAGCUAAUAUUCUUCUUGGUAAACCAAUGGAUGAAGAACGUUAUAGGAAUGUCAUAAAAGCAUGUUGUCUUGAUAUCGAUCUACGAAAUUUUGGUGAAGUCAGUGAUUUAAUGAUGGUCGGUGAUAAAGGUGUCAAUUUGAGUGGAGGACAAAAAGCUAGAAUAUCGCUUGCUCGUGCUCUGUAUACUGAUGCAGAUUUAUACUUACUCGAUGAUCCACUCGCUGCCGUUGAUCCAAAAGUAGCAAAGAAAAUUUUUGAUGAAUGUAUUGGCCCACGUAGUCUCCUUCGUGAAAAGACUCGAAUAUUGGUUACACAUCAAACACAUUUCUUUGUUGAAGCAGAUCAAAUUAUUGUAUUGAAAAAUGGUCACAUUGAUGAAUUACAUAUUGUACAAUCUACUCUAAAUGAGCAGUUAAAUGUUACGGCAGAAGUAGAUUCAACCAACAAUAAUCAGACCGAUUGGACAUUGAACACUGCUGUAACUGAUAUAAAUUCGAUUGUACAAGAUGAAGCGUCAAUUGAUGGAGCAGUCAAGUGGAAUGUUUGGUUGAAACUAUUUAUUGCACCACCUUUACGUUGGUUUGGAUUUAUUCUUCUAAUAGUUUUAAUAUUUGCCGCCGAAGCUCUAUUCGAUGCUACAAAUCGUUGGCUUGCUAUUUGGUCUGAGAAAGUCGAAAAACAUGAACGUUCAUCAGUGGAUGCUUCUAUUUAUCUUGGAUUGACAUUGGGUACAUUGGUUGUUGCAUUAGUACGUGCCUUCUACAUGUUCUAUAUCCUAUUAAGUGGAGCGACCUAUUUUCAUAAUCGAAUGCUAAAAGGUGUCUUGUAUACUUCAUUACGUUUCUUUGAAAGUAAUCCCGGCGGACGAAUAUUAAAUCGAGCAAGCAAAGAUCAACAAGUAUUAGACGAAUCGUUACCUCUUGCUGUGAUCGAUACUAUGCAAAUGAUCAUGACAAUUUUCGGUUCUGUUGUUAUUAUUGGAACAAUCAAUCCAUGGGUACUUUUAAUUCUAGUUCCAUUGACUCCGGCAUUUUGGUGGAUUCGUCGGUUCUUUCUACGUUCGAGUUGUCAACUCAAACGACUUGAAAGUAUAUCACGGAGUCCAAUCUAUACAUUGUUCUCGUCAUCAUUAGAUGGCCUCACUAGUAUUCGUGCAUUCAACGUUCAAGCUGAUUUUAUGGAUAUGUUUACGAAAAGAAUCGAUUCAAAUUCACGAGCUUACUUUCUUCUUACUGCUAUGGGACGUUGGUUCGGUUUACGACUCGAUCUCAUGGCAUCCUUACUCACUUUGGCUACUUCGAUUCUUGCAGUAGCGGUGCGUAACAGAAUCGAUCACUCAGCGGCAGCACUUAGUAUGACCUAUUGUCUUACUAUAGUAGAUAUCUUUCAAUGGGCUGUUCGACAGUCAGCCGAAGCUGAAACUUUUAUGACCAGUGCUGAACGUAUUCAUGAAUAUGGCCAACUUGUUCGAGAAAAUGAUAAAAAAAUACAUGGAAGCAAAGGAUUUAUUCAGCCACCAAAUGAUUGGCCUUCUCGUGGUAUAAUUGAAUUUAAAAAUUACACUUUUCGUUAUCGACCAGAGCUUGAUCCUGUGCUCAAAAAUCUGAAUCUUCGCAUUGAAUCACAAGAGAAGAUUGGAAUUAUCGGUCGAACAGGUAUGGCUACUUUGCUUCUUUAA